AUGAUGACAGGCCAAACUAGUUGGAUGCUUCUUGUGCUUCUCUCCUUCUUCCUCCUCUCCACCAACCUCUCCCAAGCUGCCCCCAUCGAACACGCCAAUGAUGAGGUCAAGGCGAUCGACAAAGAUGCGAUCCCUUUGUCCGAAGAUGUCGAAGUAUUGACCAAAGUUCCUGUUGAAGAUGGCGAUGAGCUUCUCAAUGAGCUGGUUCCGGCUAGACCAACUCGACGCAUAAUAGGACGAGUUCGUGUCAUUAUUAUCAGAAUUCGAAAGAAAAAUUGA